AUGCUUUGCCGCCUGCACUUCAUGCCGCCCGCCUCCAGCUCACUGUUCCCGUGGCUGGGACCCGUCCGCACCCUUUGGCCGCACCCAGGCACCCUCUUUGCCGAGCUGGAGCGAGAGCUGCGGCUGGAGAUGGAGAGGGCUCGGGAGUUCAUGAGCAGCUUCGAGCAGUUCCUGAGCACGGACCACGUGUCCCACCUGGAGAACGUCUCGGAGGAGGAGAUCAACCGGCUGCUGGGUAUGGUGGUGGACGUGGAAAACCUCUUCAUGUCAGUGCACAAGGAGGAGGACACGGACACCAAGCAGGUGUAUUUCUACCUGUUCAAGCUUCUGCGGAAGUGCAUCCUGCAGAUGAGCCAGCCUGUGGUCGAGGGGUCCCUGGGGAGCCCCCCCUUUGAGAAACCAAACAUUGAGCAGGGAGUCCUGAACUUCGUCCAGUACAAGUUCAGCCACUUGCCACCCAAGGAGCGGCAGACCAUGUACGAGCUCUCCAAGAUGUUCCUGCUCUGCCUCAACUACUGGAAGCUGGAGACGCCGUCCCAGUUCCGGCAGCGCUCCCAAAAUGACGAUGUGGCCACCUACAAGGUCAACUACACGAGGUGGCUGUGCUACUGCCACGUGCCUCAGAGCUGCGACAGCCUUCCCCGCUAUGAGACCACCCACGUCUUUGGGCGCAGCCUCCUGAAAUCGAUCUUCACGGUCACCCGCCGGCAGCUUCUAGAGAAGUUCCGGGUGGAGAAGGACAAGCUGGUGCCGGAAAAGCGGACACUGAUCCUCACCCACUUCCCCAAGUUCCUGUCCAUGCUGGAGGAGGAGAUCUAUGGUGAGAACUCUCCGAUCUGGGAGGCUGAUUUCACCGUGCCAGCCACAGAGGGUGCCCAGCUGGUGUCUCGCCCAGCCGCGGUCAGCACCGUUGCUGUGCCCACCACUCCACUCUUCAGCAAGAAGCUCAGCAACAGCAGCUCUGCCGCGAGCAUGGAUGCCAGCACUCCAGAGCCCCUGCCAGGGGAGAAGCGGAAGCUGCCCGAGAGCCUGACGCUGGAAGAUGCCAAGCGGAUCCGCGUCAUGGGAGACAUCCCCAUGGAGCUGGUGAACGAGGUCAUGCUGACCAUCACGGACCCCGCUGCCAUGCUGGGCCCCGAGACCAGCCUGCUGUCGGCAAACGCGGCACGGGAUGAGACGGCCCGACUGGAGGAGCGCCGUGGCAUCAUUGAGUUCCAUGUCAUCGGCAACUCACUCUCGCAGAAGUCCAACAAGAAGAUCCUGAUGUGGCUGGUGGGCUUGCAGAAUGUCUUCUCACACCAGCUGCCCCGCAUGCCCAAGGAGUACAUCACUCGCCUCGUCUUUGACCCGAAGCACAAGACCCUGGCACUGAUCAAGGACGGCCGAGUGAUCGGGGGGAUCUGCUUCCGCAUGGGCUUUUCCAAGGACAUCAAGGUCCCCAAGAGCCGCUACCUGGGCUACAUCAAGGACUAUGAGGGGGCGACCCUGAUGGAGUGUGAGCUGAACCCCCGCAUCCCCUACACCGAGCUCUCCCACAUCAUCAAGAAGCAGAAGGAGAUCAUCAAGAAGCUGAUAGAGAGGAAGCAAGCGCAGAUCCGCAAGGUCUACCCUGGCCUGACCUGCUUCAAGGAGGGCGUGCGGCAGAUCCCGCUCCCCAUCGAGAGCGUCCCUGGCAUCCGAGAAACGGGAUGGAAACCGCUGGGGAAGGAGAAGGGAAAAGAGUUGAAGGAUCCGGACCAGCUCUACAACACCCUGAAGAACCUCCUGGCCCAGAUCAAGACCCACCCCAGCGCGUGGCCCUUCAUGGAGCCGGUGAAGAAGUCGGAGGCACCGGACUACUACGAAAUCAUCCGCUUCCCCAUCGACCUGAAGACCAUGACAGAGCGCCUGAAGAACCGCUACUACGUCACCAAGAAGCUGUUCAUCGCCGACCUGCAGCGCAUCAUCACCAACUGCCGCGAGUACAACCCACCCGACAGCGAUUACUGCAAGUGUGCCAACACCCUGGAGAAGUUCUUCUACUUCAAGCUCAAGGAGGGGGGGCUCAUCGACAAGUAG